CUUCAGAAAUUCUGUUUUCGGGGACAUGUCUUUUUGGCACUGGAAAGGAGAAAGCAGGUGCAUGUUUUGUAAAGUCUGGGGAUUAGUUAUCUUUCAUGAGGAGGCUGUCAGCAAGGGGUGUACAGGCCCCUGACCUGACACUGGCCUUCUGAGUGGCAAAAGACCUGAGCAGCCCCCACUGUCUCCUACCCACAACAAAGACCAAACCAGCCAGAGUCUCCUGCAGGAGGAAACCCAAAUGUGCAGAUGUUUUCCUGCCCCAGGUGCCAACUGAGAGUGAACAAGGGGGCAGGAGCAGUCUGAAGGAACUGAGCAGAGUGCCCACACUCUGCCCCAACCCCAUGGACACAUGCUUGCAGGGAUGCACUCCAGGUCCACCCUGCAGCCCUCAGAUAGAAAGUAAACCCAGUGACAAGGAGUUUCCCCACUUCUAAUUUUGGCAACUAGCCCUGUCAGGUGCAAAAUACCAAACGGAUGAGUUUUGCCUGCUUAUUACACAGCUGAGUUAACCCCACAUUUCUGUUUACCUCAACCCCGCCACCUGGGGCAGUUUCGAGGUUGCACCGAUGCCUUUGCAAAGCUAGCACUGGAACAGGCAUGAAGUCGUCGUUUUAUUUAUUGCAUGGAGAGAUGGAAGGGAGAGCUGCCUGACGCAUUGCAGCAUGGCCCACGCACUCCUUGUGGUCCCUGUGGCUUGGGGCUGGGCUGAAGUCAGAGCCUGGCCCCGGCCCCGCCUUUCUUCUCUUUUUAAAGGUUGUAAAAAGCAGCUGCUGUCAGUUUGCUGCUCUUCUGCUUCCUCUUUUGACUCUUUGUGAAAGGAGAAAGCACUUCAUGUCUUGGCGUGAACUCCUUCCUCCCUGGCUGGUGAUCGCAGCGGGACUGACAGGCAUUGUGCUCCUUUGCGUCUCCACUAAAGAUGUGCCCAUCACCCCUCUCAGGACCAAGUAUGCCAUUGUUCUGGAUGCUGGCCCAUCCCGCACUAUCCUGUUCAUCUACCAGUGGACCACCACCAAGGCAAACAAGACCGGGGUGAUCAAGGAAUGUAGUUCCUGCCCUGUGCAAGGUCCAGGAGUCUCCAACUACUCAGAUUCUCCUCAGAAAGUAGUGAAGAGCUUGGAGCCAUGUUUGAACUGGGCCCAGAAAGAGAUCCCAGCAGAGCAGCACAGCCAAACCCCCCUCUACUUGGGAGCAACCGCCAGCAUGAGGCAGCUGAACCUCACCGAUCACAUACUCUCUGACAGUCUCCUUGCAGCCCUGACUCUGGCCCUGAAGUCAUCCCCUUUCAACUUUCAGGGGGCACAAAUACUGUCCAGUCCAGACAAGGAAGCAUUCAGCUGGGUUGCUGUCAACUAUGUCCUGGAGAACUUCUUCAAGUACGACUGGCGAGGACAGUUGGUCCCCUCUGGAAAGGGGAUGGCAGGAGUCCUCUCCGUGGGAGGGACCUCAACACAGCUCACCUACAAGGUGGAAGAAGAGAACCAGGCAUCAAAAGAGGGAGUGAGGCUGCAGCUGUACGGGCAGAUGCACAGCGUGUACACUCAUCACUGCCCCUGCCAUGGCAUGGACCAGCUCCGCAGCAGGCUGCUCUCUAUGCUCAUUCAAGAUCAGAGAAGUGCUAAAACUGUGUCUAAUCCCUGCUGGCCCCUCACCUAUUUCCGGGAAGUGCAAUGGAAAUCAGUGCAUGCUGGGCCUUGUGCUGUCAGCGAUGACACAUCCAACAUCCCUGGCCCCGAGGAGUUCUUCAACAUCACCGGCUCCAGCAAUCCCACCUCCUGCAAGAGACUUGUGCAAAGCCUACUCAACUCUUCCUCUUCCUGCAGCUUCUUCAAGCAUUCCUUCAGCAGUGUUUUCAAGCCCCUCCAGACCAGGUUUCUGGUGAUUUCCGAGGCCAUGGACUUCAUGAGAGAAACUGUGCCCUCUCCUGACUUGGGUCAGGGUGUCGACAGGCUUUGUCAGAUGUCCGUUAAAGAGCUGGUUAAGGAAUCCCAAACAAGCCUGGAUACACUUGCUGAUUACUGUGUUGUGUCUGCCUUCAUCUUUCAUCUCAGUACAGAGGGAUACAUGUUUGACUUUGACAGGUCUGUUCGGACUGCAUUCCAGAAGAUGGGUGAUACAUCAUCUGGUUGGACUCUUGGGUACCUGCUGAGUCUGACCAACACCAUCCCACAGGACAGCCCAAGCUUCCUCAAAGGGAUUGAACCAGGGGUCUGGUCUUUGCUCCUUAUCCUUUUUGUUGUGCUGCUCACUGGCUCUUUCAUGCGCAUCUCAUACCGAGUGAUGGUCAAGGAAAACAGCUUCAGUAACAGGAACAGCAGUGUUUUUGAUGACAACUGACAUUCUGGGGCCCGAUGCUCUUGCCAGAGGUAUACAGGGUAUACACAGAAAUCACACAGGUGUAAGUCACUAGAGGAUGCAAGUGAUUUUCCUGCAGUACUCCCAGAGCCUCAGCGCCUUAUUUCAACCUGCUAGCACUUACACUACUGUACUUUGAGACAACGGAUCCUGCUCCACAGGAAACCUGGGAUUCCUGGUGGAUGGCAAGCUACUCAUUCUCCAAAUGAGAGCAGCCUGCACACAUUUGCUUGGGCUGCAGCUGAGAUUACUCACAUCAACCUAAUGAAACAAUGCCUCUGAGCUAUUGUACAGUUAAUAUUGAAUAAUCCUGUCUAAUCAGGAGAGGUGGUGACUGAAAAAGUGCUCUGUUCUCUUCUGUGCCCACAAGAGAGACAGUACCUGCAGUACUGCCACUACUGAGGACUGGAACAGCAUCAAAAUAUAGUCAGAAUGUUAACAGCCAACUCACUUCUGUGUUCUAGGGUAAAAGCAGGUAUUUUCUGCCUAUAACAACUGAGCUGUCUGUUCUUCCACCUCAGUGAUGGUUUCCAUGUGUCCCUUCCAGCGAAUGCUCCUGCUGACCAAGAAUCCUUCAAAAGCAAUGGUUUUUAGUCUUGGUCUCUACAAAAUCUGCAGGGCAUCAAAGGAGAAACAAAGAGCACAGACAUACAGCUGAGUUCCUGUCUCUCAGCUCAGUUGUGGCAACUCAGGGUUAAAAUUGUCAAUUUAUACUCUUUAACCAGGAUUUAAAUUAGCACAUUUAAUGUCACAUCAACUAAAGGUGCAUGAUGGGCUGAGUUUCACCAGUUUGUUUAUUUGCACUAAACUGCUUGUCUCGCCAACUCUAAAAGUGAAGUUAUCUCAUCUAAUAUUGUCAUUUACACAAAAGCAGACCCGGGAACAGAAGUUUCACCAAUUGUCAGUCCAAUGACUUUCAUAUUAGACUGUGACCAGAGUUACUUUAUAAUCCAAUACUUAGGAUUCCUCUGGGAAUAAUUCCUCUGGAAGUCGUUCCUGCUCCUCUGGUCUGCUCUGCUCUGCUUGUCUAAAAGAUGAGGUUCUCUACAAAUUCUCUGUAUUAUUGUGAAGAAAAGGGAUUGAUUCAAACACUGUCCUUUGAUUAAAGCAUUUGAGUUCACUUCUCGGAUUGCUCCAGACACUUAAACACACAGGCUGUUAAAAGCCUAAGGGACGAGUGUCUCCAACUCAUUUCAGACCACUUUAAACAGAAAUGUAAAUGCUCACAGAGGCACUGAUGUGCCUUGCAGGGUUUUUAAAGCUACCACGGCACACAAAUCCUUUCAAAUCUCAUUAUUAAUCCCUUGUUCUCCCAACUCAUAUAUAGGACACACCCCCUCCCCCAUAAUAUUGGGGUAUUCAUAAAUUUUCAGGCCAGUUAAUGAAGGUUUGGAACCUGUCAGUCAAGUUUGGAGGGGUGUGGAAACAGAUUUAAACAAGCUUCAUAUUCAUUUCUUUGAGUUGCACAUUAGAUAUUUUAAUUAUAUCAUGUUAUUAAAGAUGU